AGUGCUGCACUGAUCCUCUGGUCAGUCGGUGCAAACUGGCACAUGAGAUACUUUACACAGUCGACACUCCAAAUCUACAAACCAAGAUCUUCUUCAGUGGUCCGUGAUGAUUGGGAGAUGAUGGGAAUGUUGGAGCUCUGUGUGUUUGCAGCUGUGUUCAAUUACAUCUCUCCCUCUACAGAGAUCUGCACCAAUACCCUACUACCUGGAGCUAAAGGAGACCAAGGUGACACUGGAGACGAGGGAGAUCUGGGGAAACUGGGAAAGAAUGGACCACCAGGACAUCCAGGGGUGUCAGGAGAGUUGGGGCUUAGAGGAGAAGUGGGCCACACAGGAAAGAUGGGGCCUAUUGGAGGCAAAGGUGACGACGGUGAUGCAGGUUUGGAGGGGCCGUCUGGUUUAAAAGGGAAACCAGGCACAACAUGUGACUGUGGCAGGUACAGGAAGGUGGUUGGACAGCUGGACGUCAAUGUCGGCAAGCUGAGGAAUGCUGUCAAGUUUAUGAAGAAUGUCAUCCUGGGGCUGAAGGAGACAGAAGAGAUGUACUACCUGCUGGUGAAGGAGCCCAAAAGGUUCAGAGAGGCUUCAAUGAACUGCAAGCUGAGAGGAGGCACCCUGGCCAUGCCAAAAACCACCAACACCAACCGUCUCAUGGCAGACUACGUCAAUCAGGCAGGACUGACACGAGUUUAUGUAGGAGUACAGGCUCAAAGCACAGACACAGGUGGAACAAGCAGUUAUGUUUAUGCAGACUCCAGUCCUCUGCAGGGUUUUGCAGCUUGGAGCCAAGAGGAGGAGCUCAGUUCCCGAGUAUCUCCCACCACAAACACAAGCUGUGUGGAGCUGCUCAGCACUGGGACAUGGAGUCGUGUGGAGUGUGAAGCCACCAUGUUUUUCAUCUGUGAGUUCCCAAAAAACAGGAGAAGAGGAGGGGGAGGGGGAGCGGGAGGAGGGAGGGGGACGCCUUCCUCUGUAUCAUCAUGAGUCAAUGAGACAUUCAGAUUUGCAUGCAGAAGUAUACAUAUAGAUCUUCUUAAGAACUAGCAAUUUACAUAAUAAAAAAUAACUGAAGUUACUAAAUAAAUUGUGGAUAGAUUCUUUAAUAAAUAAUUAAUUGUAUGCUGUAUCUGGUAAAAAAAAAAAAAAAAGGAAACUUUUCCAAAUUAGUAGCAUGUUUGUUUGUCCACGUGUUUGUGUUUGUAAAUUAAAAUGCACAUUUUUUUCUUGAUUUAAAAUUGUAUUGAUAUUAAAUGGCCAUUGCAAUUUAUCUUCAAAUGGCUUGUUUUGUUCUUGUUUUCUAACCAGCAAAUAU